AUGUCGAUCACUGUACCAUCUUUGUGUCCCUUCGAUGCUCUGCCCAACGAGUUGGUUAUGAGUAUCAUCGAGCGCAUUCCAAAUGAGAACGCUAAGGACAUAUGUCACCUUAGUCUGAGCAGCCGGCGGAUGUAUACGCUUUCGCUCGAUCAUUUAUACGGAAACCUUUUCGUACGACGUCCUUGGCCACUACUACGUACGCUAUGUGCAAAUCCAGAGCUUGGAAAUCGAGUCCGAAACCUCACAUGGAAGCACGGUUUCGACGAUCAUGACGAUACUGAGGAGAACCGAGCUGUUUUCCUUAUAUGCAUUAGGAUUAUGGGGCUACUAGAGAAGGACAGAUUAAUGUCUAAUGCUACUGGCACACGACGCGAUGACGAAUUUCUCGAAAUACUUCUCAUGUUCACCCCGAAUGUCGAUACACUUGUCGUCGCAGACAAAGCCUUCUGGCCAGAUGACAAAUACUGGUUCACGACUAUAGCGAACCAUUCGGAUCGUUUCAUACACCUAAGGAGCAUCAACAUACACGGUCCGCUGUCGUUAGAAGCCAUUGCAUACAUUUUCCUCCUUCCUUCACUCCACGAUUUUACCGCUUCGGACUUAGUGCUCCUCGAUCAGAACAACAAACGCCCGGCUUGGGACCAAGACAUUCCGAUUCAGACUGUGCUAGAUCCCGCAUCUUCUCAAGUCCAGGAAAUCACGCUGAAACGAUCCGUUGUGGAGGUGCCGACGCUGAGAUACUUCACCGAAGCUUGCAGGAAUUUGAAGAGUUUCUCCUACGAACAAGACAUCAAUAAUGGUAAUAGCAGGACUCCGAUUAAUUGUACUUCCGAUUUCGUUGCGAAACUAGUCCAUCAUCUUCCACCGUCACUGGAAGAGGUGAGCUUUGAGAUUGACUGGCAAGAACACUGGGGUUCGAAGGGGUGGGAGGGCCCGACAGAGAUGCUGCGCCAUCUCGCUGAGAUGGCUUCUCCGAAGCUGUCUCUGAAGAGAGUUGCUGUAGUAGACUGGCCACCUUUCUUGGGUCACUUUCCACCAGAUUUUGCGAAGCUACACCAGUGCUUUGCCGAGCGCAACAUAGACUUCGCAUCGAUUCCCGCUCAUAUUGAAGGACCGGAUCCUCUGCAAUUGCUGGACUACGUAGAGCCAGGGUGGGUGUUUGUGCAGGUAGCUGAUGCGGAGUACGCGUAA